AUGGUGGAUUACAUGGAGAAAUGGGCGCGCGCUAAAUGGGAGGAUGGUAUCAAUGAAAAUGUGAAGGUUUUCCGACUCACUAAAGAUGCGCUACCGAGCCUUCAUCGCCCAGCAAUUUGCUAUGCAAUGACGCAUAUGGCGAUUCCGGCUGUGACCAAUCUAGCUAUGACGGGGCCUGUGGUGGGUAUGGGCUUCAGGCGUACCAACCAUCGAUAG